AAAAGAAAACUAAAUUGCUCAUUUGUUUCAUGAAAGAAUCACACCAUCGGGCAGCUUGAGAGCACCACGGAAGUGGUGCUGUCCUUUACUGCCCCCGGCGCCGCUCACAAACGAUCACGGAUCACCGAGUCCUCGGCAGCGCGAUUGAUCGAAGUUCAGACGGAGGCCCGCUCUCUUACAAUUCAUGUGGCGGAAUGGCGUAGCGAGGAACCGCGAACGAGCAAGCCAGCUGUGAUUUGCUGUGUCACUCGAGCCACUGUAAUGGCAUCCACCACAGUUUCUGGCAAUGGAAUCAUGAGCGUGCACCUGACACCACCGUACGGUGACACUGAACUGCUGAGCGGAUGGCGCAAGAAAAUGCUCUACGUGCUCGUGGCGACCACCAUCAUCAUUACAUCGGUGAACGCAACAUUGCUGAUGUGGACCAUAAAGGUCCUUGACCUGAGCUCGGAUGGACCAGGUGUCUUGACUUUGACAACGAACGGUUUGAAAAUUAGUGGACACGGCCAAUUUCUGGAUAUCCUUACUCUGAAGCGAAUUCAGCACACUGCUCAGGAAAUGGGCCUGAUAAUUGAGUCAGCUGGGAGCGUCAAGCUGCAGUCGAUGAACCGACAGGGUCGCUAUCACAACAGUUUGACCCUUGGUUCUGGAAUCCUGGAAUCGCGUGGUAGUCACUUUUUGGUGAGAAAUCCGCAAGAUAAUGUUUUAUUCCGAAGCGACCCAUCUGAAGUUGUCGUGGCGACAGACAAUCUCAGGAUUUCUACGAAGGCUGGAUUUCAGCUGGACGGAUCUCUGCACGCCGAAGUCGUCAGAGGUGGCUCCGCCAGAGACCUCAAGGUCGAAUCUCCCACGAAGAGAAUAAGCGUCCACGGAGAAGAAGAGGUUUCCAUGAUUGCCCGUGCCGGCGACACAUUAGUUACAUCUCUUCAAGACAUCCAUUUGCACACCAGGAGAGGACAGAUUGUCGUGGACUGCAGCCGACUGGAGAUCAGAGAUCUUGAAGUGGCUGAUCCGGCUGUUCGUUCCACGGAUAUGCGUGUAUACCAGCUGUGCUCUUGCGAUGAUGGCAUGCUUUUUCUCACACCUUCCGAACGACACUGCCGAGCUUCAACUGACCUCUGCUCCAGCCUUCCUGGGCUAUCGAGUGCCGCAUGAAACCACCAAAGUUGUAAACA